GGCAGAAAGCAGUUAGCGGAAAUGGAGGAAGAAGAAGAGGAAGUUCCACGGCGUCUUUUUCAAACGCUUGUUAACGGUUGUCUCCUUGGUGCUGCCUUCCGCGUUUAAAACCACACACAAGGAUGCGAAAAUACAAUAAUACGACUCGCUAAGUUGUCCUCGACGAGCGUGUCUGUUCGUGUCUUGUGGACUUUAAAGAACGUCGUCGUGCUCCGGUGAGAAAAAAAAACAAACAAAAAAACCUGCUAACUUCAAGCUAGCGGCUAAUGUUAGCUUAGACUGGCUUCUUCAGUACGCAACUUUUCAUUUAAUUUGACUACAUGGCUCACUAGAUAUGCCAUUUAAAUGAAAUUGACGUUGUCUAACAGCGGAAAUAAAUCGUUAUUUACUUGUUUGACGCCUUUGGUGCGACUAAGCUCCAAAUAAGUGGAGAUGUGGAGAAUCGUAUAGUCAUAUAAAAGUUAUUUAGUAUUUCUGCCUGCCUGCCUUGGGAGAAAAAGCCACCAUGGAGAAAUUGGACUUCUCAGACGAGGAAAUUAAGGAGCAACUGGCCCUGUUGGGUUACACGAACGUUCCCGAAGACAAACUGAGAGAAUUCAAGCAAGAUCUUGAACUGCUGAUCAAAAAAGGCAACUGCACCAACGCCCCCGAGUCAUCGUCCAACAUGAAUGCCACAGCGCACGAAGCCAGACCUCCGGCCUUCAUCAAGGAGAAAGUUAGCCCACACGACUUUGAAGCCUCUGCUGGGGGGUUUUAUCUCCACAACGAGCACCACGACACCCGGGUUCUUGGUCGCUGUGCCAACGAAGGUGACAGCUGCACAGAUGGAGGAGAUCAUGAGGCCGCGCCGCUGGCGUCCCUUGGCGUUGGUCACACGCUCAUCCCCGACACCCACGGGAGACGCUUCAUUAAGCGAAAGGUCCUCAGGAAGCGGGGGGGCCAGUCGCUGGUCUGUGAUGAAUCCAUCUACAGCCAAGACUCUGAGCUUGAACUGCUGAUCGAAAAAGGCAACUGCACCAACGCCCCCGAGUCAUCGUCCAACAUGAACGCCACGGCGCACGAAGCCAGACCUCCGGCUUUCAUCAAGGAGAAAGUUAGCCCACACGACUUUGAAGCCUCUGCUGGGGGGUUUUAUCUCCACAACGAGCACCACGACACCCGGGUUCUUGGUCGCUGCGCCAACGAAGGUGACAGCUGCACAGAUGGACGAGAUCACAAGGCGUCGCUUGGCGCUGGUCACACGCUCAUCCCCGAAACCCACGGGAGACGCUUCAUUAAGCGAAAGGUCCUCAGGAAGCGGGGGGGCCAGUCGCUGGUCUGUGAAGAAUCCAUCUACAGCCAAGACUCUGAUUUGUCCAGCAGCGUCCAGGAGCAUCUGUCGGACCUUCACUUGGCUCCGUCCGCACAUCGCGACAUCACCCGCAGUGACAGCACGCUUGACUCCGACGUGGAGAGCGGCUCUUACAGUUCCUUUGACUCUUUCGUCACGCACUCGACACAAGCGAGAAGCGACGGCGACCUUCCACCCAAGCCCAAAUCCUUCAUCCGACCCGUCGUGACCCAGCAGGGCAUCAAGAAGACUGACCCAGUGGCCAGGUACUUCCAGUACAAGCAGCUGUGGGACGCACUCAAGCUUCCUGGAGAGAGUGACCACAAGGAACUUCGCUGGGAAAUAAGGGAGCGACUAGCCUACCAGCCUCCGGCACCCAAACCUCGUAGAAACUACGUGGCCAACACCUACGUGGUCCCCACAGAGAAGAAGCGCUCAUCUCUGCGCUGGGAGGUCAGGAACUACCUGGCCCACGGAGCAACACCUCAUCAAUUUACUUAUUGAUUUUGGACUUUCAUUGUUUUAGCAUGUUUUUAUUAAUAAAUGGUUUUAUGGUCCAACA